UUUAUGUUUCUUUCUGCAUUUCCAAAUUCAGAGCAAUGUGAGAAUUUCAGGUAUACGAAGGAUGUUUUUGCUCCGAAUUCCAUACAGAUAAUUUCUAAUGUUUCGGCUUCUUCUCUGGAUUACGUGUACGCGAUAUGUACGGCGGAGUGUUUCGCGAACUGGGCGUGUAACGCUGUGGACGUGUGUGGGACGUUCUGUAGGCUGAUAAGGGGCUGGGAUUCCCUCUACUCGGAGGAAAAUUCUACAGACGUGUGCCAGCGAUACCAAAUUGAAUGCAGUCAGGGAGAAUAUUACGAUCGUUUGUCGAAAGCUUGCGUUGCGCAUGAAUUUUGCGACUUUGAGUCAGACCCAGGGACGGUUUGUUUUUUGGGUGAGGACAGCAGCGAUGAUGGUAAUUGGAUAAGAAAUUCUGGUACAACAAACACAGCUUCGACGGGUCCAAGUACAGCAAAGUUCGGUAGUUUUUAUAAGUACAUGGAUGCAGCUACGUUGAAGAGGAACGACGAAGUGACUUUAGUCAGCACCAGGACAUUUAUGGCAAAGUCGUACUGUCUGACGUUUUAUUACCACAUGUUUGGGACCCAGACAGGAACUUUGACCGUGCUAACACAGAACGGGACAUCAUCAGCAGAAACCAAGUGGACAGUGUCUGGAGAGAACCAGGAUGUUUGGAGAGAAGUGCCAGGAAUUGACCUCAAUCUGGAUUCUCAAACAAAAAUUCUUAUAACAGCUACCAGAGACAAUGGCGACUACGGGGAUAUCGCUGUAGACUUUGUUCAGCUGUGGCCGUACCCGUGUUGAACCACAGACUUCGUUAAGAGACGACACU